CAAGGCCCGAUAGUAAUAGUUUUUUUUUUUUAAUUUUCUUCUUCUUCUUCGAGUAGAAGAAUUUGCGGCUGCUAAGUCUCGUCGGUCAGAGAGAGACGACAGUUGAUUCAGAUUCAAAAAUGGAAUUCGUUGUUGAAGAAGACAAACACCUUGAUAAAGAUUGUUCCACUUUAAUUCUGCCGGCAUUGUCAAUUGGAAAUGUGGGGCAGUUAGCUAUGGAUCUUUUAGUUUCAACCAUGAAAGCAGAGAGAGUUGGAUAUUUGGAUACUCCUUUUGUUCUUCCUUGUGUGGGAAAUGAUGCAUAUGGGCCUGUACCUCAAGGCCAGCUCGCUCUACCUCUUGAAGUUUAUGACUCGCCAUCUAACGGUGUGACUCUUCUCCAACAAAGGUCCCCAGUUGUCAAGGGGAUGAUGAUUGAAUUUGCUAAAAACUUGGCUGAGUUUGCUGCUGCUAGUGGAAAGAAGCAUGUUAUUGUGCUGUCUAGCUUGGAUUUCGGGAGGUGGCAGAGAAUUGAUAUGUCAAGUGGUUCGCAGGUCCAUUACCUAUCCAACAUCCACAAGGUUGGAAAAGAUGAUUGCUGUGAGAAAAUUGGGUGGAAAGUACUAGAAGAAUAUAAUCCUGACCAGAGGAGAUGGAAAUAUCUGAGUGAUAUAGCAGAGGGCAGUUCUGUGCAUGAAGAUGACUUUCCUUUUGAAGAUGAACAAGAAAAUGAAGAAGAUUACUACCCAAGCUUGCCUUUUGCAGCACUUUAUUCCUGUUUCAAGGCCAAAGCUUUGAAGGUCACCUGCUUAUUAUGCUACUGCUCAGAGGGAGACAACAUCCCUGAUGCUUUCAAUUUGGCUGAGGCAGCAUGCAAACUUCUUGGACUUAGUCCCAAUAAUCUUAACAACAACAAUGACAACAAAUGGCUCGUCCCAUUUUCAUGGAGAACUCUCUAUGGACCACCCCCGGACAUGUCAAUCUUUUAAGGAAGUUACAGGUGAGAUGCAAGGAAGAAAGCAUUGUAUUUUUACAGCCUGCAGACUUUUAAUUUGUCUCAUAAUCACUAAGGAUUAGUUAGCUGGACAUCUGUGAUACUUGGCCCUGUAUUCAGUAUGAUAUAUUUGUUUAGCAAUUUUUUUAACCUGAAGAAAAAGUAGUACACUGAAAUUAUGCUCAAUACCUUUUCUUCUUUGGAAUUAAAUUGAUACUCUACUUCUGAUUGUGGUAGAGCUUUUAUAAGCAAGUAACAAGAACAAUAAUGCAGAUUGGCUUUAUACAUA